UGCUUGAAGAUUACGAGCUGGCCAAUCAGAGGACAGCAGCUCUAGGCGGGAACCCGGAUGUUCGGCUGUUGAACUUUCAAAAACAGAAAGGGUGUCUGUCAAAAACAAACGGGCGGAAUUCUUGUAAAUUUUUACCAAUAUUUGCGACGGCUGGGAGUCCAGGGAAUGGCGGACAGGUUUGGAUCGCCCAGUCCAUACGAUGGCUCUCCUGGCAGACCGACUACCUACCAGCCGGAGGGCGCCUCGGGGUUCGACAGGUCCCCUUCCCUGGCAUCAUAUCAGGAGUAUCCCCCUACCAGACCCUUCAUCAACUACCCGGAGUACACCCGAUCACCCAGCAAACCUGUGUCAACCUUUCCUGAGAGUAACAGCAGAGCUGUGAUUUCAGCACUCAAAGGACUGCAAGACAAGAUCAGGAAGCUGGAACUAGAGCGGACCCUUGCAGAGGACAACCUGCGUUCGCUGGCGUCAGAGACACAGCAGUACAAGAAUGCUCUACAGAAGAGGGAUUCCGAGGAAGAAGAGGAGAGGUUAGAGGUCAGGGAACCGACCAUCCCCCUCUCCAGACACAGUCAAGCUAAACCUAGAGCUUCCUUCCAGCAGAUGAUGGACCAGUUGUCCCAGGGGGAGGCCAAGUGCCAGGCCAUGAAUGGCAAACUCAAUGACACACAGAGUGAGCUGUGGAGAGCCUAUCUUCCACUGCAUGCAGGAAGUGAUGCCGACACGCAUGCCACUAUCAUCCCUGAGAUCGAGAGCCAGCUGGGUGCAGCUGAGCAGCGAUGUAACCUGCUGGAGAAACAGCUGGACUACAUGAGGAAGAUGGUGCAGAAUGCUGAGACUGAGAGGAACAGGGCCAUGGAGAGGCAGGUCGCACUGGAGAGGGAGAGGGACACCUACACAAGAGAUGAGAGAACAUCAGUACCAGACUCCUCCCCAGCUCACAGACGAGAAGCUCUGGGCAAAGCAGACAAACUUGCCGACCUGGAAAGAGAGCAGCAGAAGUUGGUAGCCAUGCAGACAUUAGCUGAGAAUAAAAUCAAGGAGUUACAGGAGAGAUUAAAAGAGGAGCAGCACCAGAGAAAGCUGGUACAACAACGAACAAACGAGCUGCAAACACAAGCUGAGACUAACAGAAUAUUGUUAGAGGCUGCUUCUCCACAAUCUUCACCCAAACCCAAGAAGAAGAAAGUGAAGAAAAAGAAAGCAUCCAAACAACAGUGUUCCAGCAGACCCCGGACCCAGCCAGGCACACACUACAGACUGAACCUCGGGGACAUACCAUUUGUAGCAGGAAAGUCCACCACCCCUAGUCAUUCAUUAGGUGCUAAUGUACAGCGGGUUAUCGCCCUCAUGAAACGUCACAAUCCCGCACUGUGCAAUGACCAGAUGGCCAAUCGGAAGACAGCGCGGAGGCUGCUGCCGUCGUCAGGGGACUCGUCCACGGCCAGCGCGUCGGAGAGCGAGUUGUCGGACUUGUUGCAGGGACUUCAGGAUGAGUUCGGCCAAAUGAGCUUCGAGCACCAGGACCUGACCCAGCAGAUCCGAGAGGCGGAGGACACGUUAGGGAGGGAGGAUCUGGAGAGGGAACUGGAGCAGCUGGUCAAGAGGAUGGAGGCCAAAGGGGAACAAAUCGCAAAACUCAGGAAACACAAGAUGCAGCUAAAAAAACACAAGCCUAGGCCGCGAUCCGCCGACGUGAAGUCCGUCGCCAUCCCAUUGUCGGAGCAGGCCAGCGAGGUGCAGGUGGUAACCACGGUUACAACGAAAGGCGGCGGCGCGGCCCCCAUCAGGGUGGUCCGUAACCCCGGGCAGGUGGAGGUGAAGAGGAGGAUGUUGAAGGACAUGCAGACGUUACAGACUUCCCUGAGGAGGGACGACCUGUACUGGGACUGCUGAUCCCGGGACUGAGAUCCUGAAUAGUGUCCUGGGAACAAGGGGUGUCUAAGCAUUUGCACAAAUUCUAAGGAAAUCGUACAGAGAACUACUGUAAAUGCAUUUUCAUUUGCAGGGAUUUAAUUUUGCUCAAGCAGGAAAAAGGACUAUAUAUUCGCGGUGGUUUUAAGUUCAUGGUAGCACCAUGCACUGUAGUCUCUUACUACCAUGGAAAAAUGUUCGCGGUGGUUUUAAGUUUAUAACCGCGAACAUAAAACCACUGCGAACAUUUACAUUUACAGUAUUUGACUCUUACAAAAUUGUUCUUUUUUCCCUAACUGGGGCUCAGAGACUUUUUAUGGUGAUUUCAUGUUAAUUUUGUGUGUCAAAGCAGCCAUCCUCUAUCCUGUUAUCCUGCCUGGCUUGCACUUAUUAAAUACAGGUCCAGUACGAUACACCAGGGUUUCGGUGUUUUUGACCUGUACCUAAUUGAUUGUACCGGUACUGUAUCGGUAUAGUGUACCGUACACAGCUCGACAAACCGGCCAACCAUUGCCUGAGUCAUAAAACAAAGUGGGAUGUUCAAGAAGGUGACGUUGAUCUGCGCAAUGGCAGACAAACUGAAAUAAAGAGUUGCUAACGACCUAUUGAAUAUGUCUAUAUACUGGUAUACGCUUGUUUACUGCUUUCAAGUCAAAGUAAGUAAGAAAACAUACAUUUUACUUUUUCCCAGCUCAGCAGUUGGCCAGCUUAAAAGAGUAUGUUUUUCGUCAUUGUAUGUUUGCAUUGUGAUUUGUGCAUUUUGUCAUAAAGUUUGUGCGAAUGUUUAGGCAACCCUGGGGAACGAGAAGGGCAUUUGGAACAUGACAUACCGCAAAGGGACAUUCUGUAGACAGCAAGCACCUCUUAAUAGUGCCCUCUAGUGUUGUUUUUGGUGCUGCACUGGUGUUUAUGUACAAUCCAGAUUUACUAGCAGUACUGAGUGCAGUCCGUGUGAAAAUGUAGUCCAUACCACAGCAAACUUUACGUGUUACAACUAAAAAGUAUUGCAAAGUAUACUUAGUGUUGUUAUCCCACUAUAGUGAAAUACUACGGUGAAAAGUAGGAUGUCUUGCCAAUGUGUAUAUGUCAAAUUUGUACAGAUUCUUUUAUUUAAAGUCUGGAGUUUCUUAAAAUCUAUUUGUUUAUAUCAUAUUCAGAACAACGUAGUCCAUGUACAAAAUAGCAAUGGACAAGCAGCUCCAUCAUUCAGCGCAAUUCUAAAACAAAUUCUGAGAUGAAAUUCUAUACCUUAGUGGUUUCUUGGCAGCUAUACCUGUUUGUAGACAAAGUGACACAUAGGUCAGCAAGUUGCCUUGCUAUUUUAGUAGCAGGGUAUAUUUCUACAUUAAGGGGUGCUAGCCCUUUUUACAUGCUUAAGGCACCCCCAUUUUAUGUCCCCUCUAAAAGAUUGGUGCAGCCCCAACUAACCAAAAAACUCUACCCAGGAUUGAACCGGAUUAUACCAGUUACCAUUGCAACUAGUUUGUACCGAAUGCUCACCUGUGAGCCUGAUACCAAUUGAGCUACAGGGACAUCCCUGCACAAAUGCUGUACUACAAUCUUAUUCAGUUAACCAUUGUUAACUGCUGUACCUGAUUUGUCAAGCAUGAAGAUUUUUGACAUGCAUUAUGAAAUGUUGCAGCUUUUAUGGGUAAGUUGUCUUAUUAAGCUUUUUUAUUUGCAUGUAUGAAUCGAUCAAUAAAAGUGUCAUCAAUAUCAGA